GCGCCAACAAAAAUGGGAGAGCAAUGCGGGCCCCUAAGAAGAAAAUGACACAGGAAGAUCGAUGUGGAACAAAGUCUGAAGCAACAGGUACGUGGAAUCAAUCUGAAAGACAGCUAGCAAUCCAAGGCGGCCAAGUCCUUCACGCCACCUCCAGCCCGCCAUCUCUCCAUUGGCCUACUCCCCUCUCCCUUCUCCCUGGCAAAGCUUUUUUUCUACAACUCCCAUCACUUUUCCUUCCAGUAUGAGGGAUUUGCAGAAUGCGGCGGGGAAUUUGAUCGAUAUGAUGAUGCUGAGCAGCAGCAACAGCAGCAGUAGCGGGUAUGAGAACGAUGCUGGUUCUGCUGCUGCGGUGACAGGGGAGAAGAAGAGGAGGUUCAGUGAGGCGCAGGUGAAGUCGCUGGAGGUGAUGUUUGAGGAGCAGGCGAAGCUGGAGCCGAGGAAAAAACAGCAGCUUGCCAAGGAACUUGGGUUAGAGCCCCGGCAAGUGGCGAUAUGGUUCCAGAACAAACGCGCUCGAUGGAAAUCCAAGCAGCUGGAGCGCGCUUAUGCAGCCCUCAGCGCAGACUACGAUGCUCUCCGUUCUUCCUAUGAUACACUCCUCCACCAGAAGAAUGUCCUGUCGAUGCAGGUGCAAAGGCUAGCGGAGAUGUUGGAGGCUAAUAAUCAGCAGGAUAAAAAGGAGAGUGGCAAGCAGUUUGACAUUACUGCAACAGGAAGUGAAGCGGAUCAGACGCAGAUACUGAGCUUGUCAUCAAACACGAACAUUUCCGAUUUGAAGAAGAAAGUGAAUCCUUUUUUUGUGGGAAAGGAGGUAGAGCAUCAUCAUCAUCCGCACAAAACAAAGGAAGUAGGGGGAGGCAGGGUUUUGGUUUCGGAAGACAAUACUGAACAAAAACAGUCCUAUUUCCAUGGUAAUGGUUGGCCUUCGGAUCAGCUGAUGACUGGCGGUGGUUGCUCUCAGUGGUUGGAGUUUUUGUCUUAUGAAUAAGAUUUUCUUCGUUUGAGGUGGAAGAUUCAGUGCUGAGCCUCUCAUUUCCCUGUCAUCAUCUGAGGUGGGUGAUAUGUAUGAGGCCUAAAUGCGGCAAUAAAACAGGGGCCAUAAAAUAGAAAAUGAUGUUAUAUACCGUUGUAAAUAAGUUGCGUGGAAGUUCCUUUU